CUUGUCAGGGAGGAGACAUGCGGUUGUCAUGAGGGCGAGGGCGUAUUACGCUCUCGCGUGGUUCCUGCUGCUGGACUUCCGUUAUGAGGCAGAGGCGACGGAACGUGGAGCGUGUCUCCGGCUGCCGGCGGUCAUGGCUUCGGGCAAGGCUUCCCCUUGGAGCGAGAAAGGCGUUGGCGAGCACGUGCUGGACGAGGCCACCAUGGCGGCCCUCUGCUUGGGACACCACGUGGCGCGUUUGCUCGUCAGGGCGGUGCAGGUGGAGAACAGCUGCAGCGUGCUGUGUACCCCGGCGUAUGGGAAUGCCUACCACGUGAACAUCACAGACGGCCUCUCGUGCGGCGUAGAGAAGGUUUGCAUUCGCAGUGAAUGCCGCCGGCAGCCUUCAGUGACGGAGUCUGACCUCUGCAAAAGCGUGCACCCGAAUCAGGCAUCGCAGGCUUCAGGUUACGACGAGUGCCAGUUCCUGUGCUAUGUGAAGAACCGUCAGACACCGUAUCGGUACUGCCGACCACCAGGAACCGCCUGCACGAAGAACAGUGGGAGACCGGGAACAUGCAACGUCCUGGGAUACUGCAUGAGCAACGUGUGAUGACCCGUCGUGA